AUGAUUUAUUCUCUUGCUUUUGCCCGCUUCAAUACAGCUUCCUUUUGCUGCUUUGCUUCCUGCUGCUCCCGCCGCGCCUUCGGCUGUCUGCCGAGACACCUAAGUAUCGCCUGCCCCACAGCAGCAGCAGCAGCAGCAGCUGCUGCAGCAGCAGCAGCAAGAACAAGACCUGCAUCAACGCUGCGGUAUCCCCCGCAGCACUCGACCCAGACGCUUCCUCAGCAGCAGCAGCAGCAGCGCGCACAGCAGCAGCAGCAGCAGCAGCAGCAGCAGCAGCAGCAGCAGCAAGAAAUGGACUACAGUUUGGUAGUUGGGGGCGGCCGCCCCCUCACCGGCGACACUGUGAGCUGCUUCGCCUUUGGCUGGGGGGGGUUUUCCCUGGCGGAGGAUGCAGCCAGCAGCAGCAGCAGCAGCAGCAGCAGCAGCAGCAGCAGCAAGCGCAGCGAUGAGAACUGCAGCAGCAACGGCCAGAUGACCAACGGCUGCAGCAGCAGCAGCAGCACGGGGAUGCUGCGCGUGGCGGAUUUGCGCCUGUGCCUGCCCCCUGCUGCAGCAGCAGAAGUGCAGCAGCUGGGAGUGCUGCAGCAGCCAGCUGCUGCUCUUCCUGCUGCUGCUGCUCGCGCUGUGUCUUUGCUGCGUCUGUUUUCCCUGGAGAAGAGCGGCGUGCGGCGGGAGCUGCUGCAGGGCCUUGCUGCUGCAGCAAGUGCAGCAGCGCCGCCGCCAGAGUCCGCAGCAGCACCAGCAGCAGCAGCAGCAGCAGCAGCAGCAGCAGGCGGCGGGCUGCUGCUGCCGCGCUGCGGCCCCGCAGGCUGGGGACAGCCCGUGCGGCCGUGUCUGCUGGCGCUGCUGUGUGCUGCAGCAGCAGCAGCAAAACUCCCCACAGUCUCUUUUAAUGAAUUGUGUCUCUUUUUGACAGAUGGGGCAGAAGUUGCAGGCCGUUCUUUAUUUGCUGCUAAGGCCUGUGCAGCAGCAGCAACGCUGGCGGCUUGCUGCGCUGCAGCAGCAGCAGAAGUGCUGCUGCUGCCGCAAGCAGCAGUGGCCGACACUCUCAAAACUCUUGCUGCAGCACCGGGCUUGCGAGCAGCAGCAGAGCAGCUGGAAGCAAUGCUGCACGACUGCAAGCUGCAGCAGCAGCGGCGCGCAGCAGCAGACUGUGGGGCCGCCAUUGCUGCUUUUGCUGCAGCAGCAGCAGCAGCAGGGGGCCUCCAGGGGCCCCUGCAGGCGCUGCUGGCGCUUGCUGAGGAUGCAUGCAAGCGGCAGCUGCCCAGGCCCAAGCCUGCUGCUGCUGCUGCUGCUGCUGCUGCUGCUGCUGCCAUUGAGGCGGCGAACGCCGCGCCGGAGGGCAGCGCGGCGGCUGCUGCAGCAGCAGGGGAAGCAGCAGCAGCAGCAGCAGCAGUGGCAGCAACGCUGGACUUCCCGCUCAGCAGCGCGGCGUCGCCGUUCGCAGCAGCAGCAGCAGCAGCUGAAAUUGCUGCUCGCGCGCUGCUGCAGGCGGAGCUGGAGCUGCUGCGGGAGACUUUGCAGAUGGCGCAGCAGCAGCAGCAGCAGCAGCAGCAGCAGCAGCCGCUGCAGUCGCUGCCGGAGGCGCUUGCUGCUGACGCGGCCUACUUUGGGGAGGGCGGGGAGCCGCGUCUGACAGCAGCAGCAGCAGCAGCAGCAGCAGCGGGAGUGGAGCGGCUGCAGCAGGCCUUCGCGGAGGCCGAGGCCCGCAGCAGCAGCAGCAGCAGCAGCAGCAGCAGCAGCAGCAGCAGCAGCAAGGUGCUGGAGAGCCUGUCGCGGCUGGAGGACGUGUGUCAGCUGCUGCAGCAAGCUUUGGGGCUGCAUGCAGCUUUGCUGCUGCAGUGCAUAGAAAGCCGGGACCUGCAGGUGCUGCGGGAAGCAGCAGCAAAGAUAGAGCGGGGAAAGAAGAGCAGCAGCAGCAGCAGCAGCAGCAGCAGCAGCAGCGGGGCGCGUUGGCCCGUGACGCGUCCGGUGCGUUGCUUCGCGCUGCUGCUGCGGGAACUUGCUGCUGCUGCUGCUCCGCUGCUGCUGCCGAAUGCUGCAGUAGCAGCAGCAGCAGCAACUCUGUGGCAGCUGCCGCUGGCGGCGCCGCGGCGCGCGCAGUGCGCGUGCCUGCCCGCUGCUGCUGCUGCUGCUGCUGCUGCUGCUGCGCCCCCCAGCAGCAGCAGCAGCAGCAGGGGCUGCAGCAAGUGCAGCAGCUGGCUGGGGACGGAGGAGCUGCUGCUGCAGCUGCUGGCAGCAAGCAACAGCCUGCGGCGGCUGCCGAAAGUCCCCAAAGGGACACAAGACUUCUGGGGCGAGCGCGCGCUGCUGCGGCAGCUGCUGCUGCAGCAAGUUGCUGCUGCUUUCCGCAGCCACGGCGCGCAGCAGCUGGACACUCCUGUCUUUGAACUCCGCGAGACUCUCUUUGGCAAAUACGGAGCAGCAGCAGCAAAACUUGUCUUCGAAUUAAAAGACCAAGGAGGAGAACAACUCUGUCUCCGCUACGACCUCACUGUCCCCCUCGCCAGGUUUGCUGCUGUCAACGGCAUCCAGAAACUGCGCAGGUACCACAUAGGGAAGGUGUACAGGCGGGACGAGCCGCAGCUGUCUCGGGGUCGUUUUCGGGAGUUUUACCAAUGCGACUUUGACAUUUUGGGAGAAGCAAAACCCCACAUGUUGGCGGAAGCAGAGUGUCUGCUGCUGCUGCUGGAGGUGCUGCAGCAGCUGGGGGCGUUUGUGGGGUCUUUCGAGGUGAAGGUGAACAGCAGGUUGCUGCUGGACGCGUUGCUGCGGCGCUGCGGUGUACAGACAGCCCAGUUUGCUGCUGUUUGUUCUUCCAUCGACAAACUCGACAAAGAACCCUGGGAAGCUGUUGCUGCUGAGCUGCAGCAGCAAAAGGGAGUUGCUGCUGCUGCAGUGCAGCAGCUGGGCAGCUACGUCCGCCGCCGCGGCGACGUCGCCUCCAUGCUGCAGCUGCUGCAGCAGGACCAGCUGCUGCUGGCCGACCCUGCUGCUGCAGCAGCAGCAGCAGACUUCCAGCAGCUUCUCGUUUACCUCCAGGCCCUCAACAUUUCCCACUUCAUUGUUUGGGACUGGUCUUUGGCGCGGGGGCUGGACUACUACACGGGGCUGAUCUUCGAGGCCGUGCUGCUGCAGCAAACCAGCAGCAGCAGCAGCAGCAGCAGCAGCAGCACCUGCUGCAGCAGCAGCAUUGCGGGCGGAGGCAGGUACGACGGACUCGUCGGCAUCUUCAGCAGCAAACAAAUUCCUGCUGUUGGGUUUUCCGUCGGCGUCGAGCGCCUCUUUGCCCUCCUCGAGCAGCGCGUGGGCAUUCGCGCUGCAGCAGCAGACAGCAGCAGCAGCAGCAGCAGCAGCAGCAGCAGCAGCAGCGGCAGCAGCGGCCUUUUGGGAGACGGCGUCCGCAGGGACUUCACCGAUGUCCUCGUCUGCAAUAUCGGAGAAGGAAUGCUCCCGUACGCGUUGUCUGCUGCGAGUUUGCUGUGGCGGGGGGGCAUUUGCUGCGAAAUGUUCUACGGAGAAGAAGCAAGACUGAAGAAGCAAUUGGACUUUGCUGCUGCUCGCAAAAUGCCUUGGGCUGUUAUUUGCGGCCCCGACGAGAAGGCCCGCGGGGCCGUGCGGGUCCGCAGGCUUUUCCACAGCAGCAGCAGCAGCAGCAGCAGCAGCGAGCAGCAGCAGCAGCAGCAGCAGCAGCAGCAGGAGGCUGUGGACGAGGAAGUGCCCCUCGACAAGCUCGUCGAGUUCCUCAAAAGCAAAAUCCAAAUUUCCUCUUAUGACGCCUACGCACAGGCCCUCUUCAAAACCGACUAG